GGGCGCGGCUCUGUCAGCUGAGUGACAGUCACGGGACCGCGACCAACUCUGUCUGGCUUCCUAGAGGAGAGGGAGGGAUGAGCAAGGGUCUCCGAGCGCGGCAGGCCAGUGGUGGGGACAUGGAGAAAGAGCGAGAGACUCUCCAGGCCUGGAAGGAGCGCGUGGGGCAGGAGCUGGACCGUGUGGUGGCGUUCUGGAUGGAGCACUCCCACGACCAGGAGCACGGGGGCUUCUUCACGUGCCUUAGCCGCGAGGGACGGGUGUAUGAUGACCUCAAGUACGUGUGGCUGCAGGGGAGGCAGGUGUGGAUGUAUUGUCGCCUGUACCGCACUUUCCAGCGCUUCCACCACUCUCAGCUUCUGAAUGCAGCAAAAGCAGGUGGUGAGUUCUUGCUGCGUUAUGCCCGGCUGGCACCUCCUGGCAAGAAGUGUGCCUUUGUGCUGACUCGGGACGGCCGCCCGGUCAAGGUGCAGCGGACCAUCUUCAGCGAGUGUUUCUACACCAUGGCCAUGAACGAGCUGUGGAGGGCCACAGGUGAAGUGCGGUACCAGACAGAAGCGGUGGAGAUGAUGGAUCAGAUCGUCCACUGGGUGCGGGAGGACGCGUCGGGACUGGGCCGGCCCCAGCUCCAGGGGGCCCCGACUGCGGAGCCCAUGGCAGUGCCCAUGAUGCUGCUGAACCUGGUAGAGCAGCUUGGGGAGGCAGAUGAGGAGCUGGCAGGCAAAUACACAGAGCUGGGGGACUGGUGCGCCCGGAGGAUUCUGCAGCACGUGCAGAGGGAUGGACAAGCUGUGCUGGAGAAUGUGUCAGAGGAUGGCAAGGAACUUUCUGGCUGCCUGGGGAGACAGCAGAACCCAGGCCACGCACUGGAAGCCGGCUGGUUUCUGCUCCGUCAUUGCAUUCGGAAAGGCGACCCUGAACUUCGAGCCCACGUGGUUGACAAGUUCCUGUUGUUGCCCUUCCGCUCUGGAUGGGACCCUGACCAUGGAGGCCUCUUUUACUUCCAGGAUGCUGAUGACUUCUGCCCCACCCAGGUGGGAGAGCGCCCAGGGCCAUGUGUGGCACACGCUGAUCUAAGGCUUUCUGCCUGGGGAGGUGGGUGCUUCUCUAGAGGGCAACCUGGGGCUGGAUUGGAACCUAGAGGCCUGCUCUCAGCUUCUGUGCCAGUGUUACAGGAAAGGGGUUGUGAUCCAGACCCCAGAAGAGGGUUCUUGGAUCUUGCGCAAGAAAGAAUUCAGGGCGAGUCGGCAAUGCAAAGUGAAAGCAGGUUUAUUAAGAAAGUAAAG